GUUGCACAAUCGGAAAGUACAUUCAGUGGAUUUUUUUUAGCUCAGCUCUUGUCUGUCAAAUGCAAAGAAAAGAAUAAGUAGUUGAAAUUUUGUUUCGGUUGUGGUCAGCACAAUUAAUCCCACGCUCUCCGAAUUGAUGACUCUGCUCUGUUUCAACUUAACGCUCGCAAAGUUUGUCUGUGGAGGUGCAUGUAUUGCAAAUUUAAGCCGCAGUGGCAGUAGCAGUUGCUCUUGCGCGAUUUAGUAUCGGUAUGUUCAUUGCAACGCAGCUUGAAGGCUGCGUCGUGGCUUUGCACGUCGUGCCCUGCAGUCAGUAGACCAGAAAGUAGAAGCCCUUAACAGAGGAAAAGGUGACGGAACAAAGCCACCUCGACGUCAAUGCUGGUAUUGACAGGCCAGGGUUUUUUGCUCCUCAGGAAGUGCUGUCGUUGUAUAAACACGAUAAGCUGUAGUGCAUUCAGAGCAAGUUUUUGUCUUCAACCCCCCCAUCAGUUCUAUCUUAUGCACUAGUACGACAAUGCGCAGAACUUCACGAAAGAGGAUGAGUAACGAGACUGAGUCAUGCAGCUCUUAGAACUUCACCCCCAUUGUUCGCAACAAUAGCCAUUUGCUCCGACCGUCGCCAUGGAAUGCACCAGAACCAGAAGCAGGAAAAACGGUACCCGUCGCCGGGGCCCCUUCUCCUCCGACAUGAUCGGCAAGAUUCUUCUCGGUGUUUUUCCGGCAAUUUUUUGGCUUGUCGCCGAAUCCGGCUUUUGUUCACCUGACCGUGCGACCCUUGUCGCAGCCGUCCAAUUCCUGUCUUCUGCGGCGAAGGAAAAUUUGGCCCACACUGCAAGAAGCGUUGCCGCGACGCCGGAAAACUUUGACCACGCGGCAGGAAGAGAGGCAGUCGUAGAAGAUGUAGUGGACCACGGCGCGGUGGAAUCUCAGGCCGGAGCAUUCAGUUCUGACGACGCGGACGUAGUGGCCCAUCAAGAACAACCUGUGUUCUUUUUGGGACAAGAUCUUGGUCCAGAAACUCUGGAGCGCGAAUACAAACAGUUUGUGUUGCGUCAGAUCACGACGACCUCGUCUAGCGCUCCGGACUUUCCACCACCAGCGUCAGCCCCAAAGAGGACGAGCUCUUCUUGUGCCCGCUUCGUAAAGAUUGGAAGAGACAAAUUACAGAUGAACCCAGUUGUCGCAGCUAGUAGGGAACUUCACUCGAAGCGAGCUCCAGCACCCGCCAGAAGUGCGGCGUCUCCAGAUUCUUCGUCCAGCACUCCAGCAAGUGUAAUUUCCACGAGUACAGCCUUGAGCCGGAGUCCGACUCCUUCGACCACUUUGUCAUUGUCAAGUGCUGCGAGCAGCGGUGCUUCCGAAGACGAAGAGGAAGAUCUCGACACGCCCGCAAGCAGUAUCGCCCGAACGGGAACGGGAACGCCUGCUUCGCCUGGAUUUGAUAUUACCUCUCCACCGCCUGAACGGAUGAAUGAGGAGGGCAAAGAUCAUUUUCGCGAUGGGGUGACGCCCCUGCGGCACCAGAGCUUCGAGAAAAACUGCAGAAGGGAGGACUUUCUGUACCACUUACUGCUGGACCAGAACCAAUUAAAAGUUGGCUCGGCCGCUUUUGACAGUGCUCCGCAAAUAAGACCACAUGGAGAUGAACAAGUAGUUCUUGCACCAUCUUCACACGAGAACUCUUCGCUCAGCGCGACGACGCCGCUGGAAGCCUUCCUCUCGCCGUUUAUUACCACGGAGCUGCGGCAAAACAUUCAGGCCUACGUCCCGAAGUAUUUCAGUACUUUUGCAAAUGCGCGGCUGGCCAAGGGAACGCUCUUUCUCGGUGUAGACGACACUGGCGAGAUCAUUGGCGUUCCCGAUUUCACGGGGGAGCAACUCCGAAAGGACAAAAUCGAGCAGUGGGUCGUAGACGCGAUCGAAAAGUACGUCGUGGUAGCGGAAAUGAAAUCCAACACCACUUCUACUGCUUCAUCAGCACCAACUUCUGACGGAGUUGAACAAGACUCGCUCUCGUCUGAUGUGACGUCUUGUACCGAGGAAAGCGACGUCGAAAUAAGCGCUGCGGAGGACCAGCAAGUAGGAGACAAGGACGAAGUAGAGCAGUCUGACGUAGGGGAGGCUGGAACUGCUGACGAGAUAGCGUACCUCGAGCUUCCAGUGCGCGAGCCGGGUCAGCAACAGCAUCGUGGUCGCUUCGGGCGCUCCGGGAAAAGGAGACGGUCGCGGUCCUCUUCAACACAAAGAAGAAAACAAAAGGAAAAGUUACGUCGAAAUGGAGAGGAGGGUCAUCAAAGUAAUAAAGUGAGGUCCCGCUGCACUACUUGCGCACACCUGAAUAUUGAAGAGCACGCAACGAUGGAACGCAAGUGUCUCUCGGGCGACGAAGCUCGUGUUUUGUUCGCCAGGCAUGUGCGCGUGCACGUAGAUCGCUUGGUGGUUCUGCCAGCAAGCACCGGAAAUCGAAGCUCCUCCGAAGAUGAAGCUACAGCUACGGUGCCAUCAUUAGCUGCAGCAGACCCCCAUCUGGCUGCGACCCUCCACCGCCAUGCCGAAGUAUGGACGCGAUACCACAAGGACCUGGCUGCAUUUGAAUCUGCAAGAGCGGCGCACCAGGAUCGUGUGACGAAAAUCGGCACUGUCGGAAAUUUUUUGACCUACUUAAUAGCUACAGAACGAAAACGAGUGCAGCACGAGAAGCUGUCACAGCUGACGAGAGAAAAUGCAGCAUCGGAAGAUCAACCAACUACUGGAGAAGUAGUAGGUCAGGAAGCGCAAGCCGCAGCGGAAAGCAUUUCUCAAGAACAUGCAGGUGAGCGCCCGCCUGGUCGUGCUGACGAGUCUGCUACCGAAGAUGAAGCCAAUGCUCGACGGGUCUUGCUGCGGCUAUUCCGAGGCUUGCCUGAGUUCGAGCAAAUUCGCUCCCAAUCGCUCGACUACGUACUCAAGGCUGCCGGUAUCCUAGGAGACAAAAUUGAAAUUUCAGAUGUAUUCCCCGAAACACUACCAGUAGCACCACCCGCUCCGGCGCUCGCGCUACCGCUAGUAGUAGAUGGGGUCACACAACAAGACGGGUUCACCACCGCUGAGCUGGAGCACAGAGCUAAUAUUUCGGAUGAAACACUUCCUGCCGCAAGAAGUUAUUUGGCUUCUUGUUUCUCGUUUUUUCCUGCAGUCACUGACUUUUUUAACAACAGAAGCCAGCGUGCGAAGAAGGAAGAAAACGUAACGUCGAUAGAAACAGCUGCGCAAAUAACAAGCACGGAAAACGACAUAGCGGGCCGAGAUUUGUCGAGGGUCUCUUCACUGCGGGUGAUGCCGCUUACCACGACAUCAGCUGGAGUUACUCCGGCUGUCGCUCCCUCGGAGAAAAUAAAAAUCUCAGUUGCCGUGCUUCGUCGGGUGUUCAAGAAGUACUACAACGGGUUCCAGCAGGAGAAGAUCGAGCUGGACGUAAAAUCCUUCUCGCGUCCCCGAAUCCCACCAAACGACCUGCAGAUUCUGGUGAGCUUGUUGACGAGUUUAAAGACCCUACUGCUCACAACCACGUCUGUCGUCUACAAACUCAUACGCAUCGAGUUUGAUUUCUCGCCAGCGUCGUUCUCAAGAAGAGUAUUAAGUUCAUCCGGGAACAAGAAAGAAGGCGCUGCACCGGAAGGAGAUGCGGACGACCAGUUAAAUAGGAUGACAGGCAUCACCGCUCUGGAUCCAAUGAAGCCAUUGCUGAGCAGCCGAGAUGUCUGGUUCGGGUAUCACCACGACACAAGCAGCGACCGCGACACAGACCACGGAGGGUUUUUCGUGGCGCGGCAGCCAGUGCGCGUAAAGUGGCGAAGAAGGGGCGUGGACGAACACGGUGGGCCGAUGAGCGUGGAUUUAUUGCAGUGUGUCUAG